ACAAACACUACGAAUUCUAGCAGCGAUGGAACUACUACAAGCGUUUCUCCAUCAAUUGAACCAAGCCCGUCCAAUUUCGUUCCUCCACCUCCAACUAAAAGAUCAAGAAAAAUUGUGAUAAUUUUGGCGUCAGUUUUGCCUGUUGCAAUGAUUGCAGCUUUCUUCAUUUUGAUACGUGUUCGAUACAUAAGAAAGCAAAGAUCUAAAGAGAAGGAAGGAAGAGGAAGCAAUGCAGAUCAUGAGGAAUGGGAAAAUUCAUUGCUUCAGGCAACAAACUUGCCUAAAAGCUUCACGUACCAGGAUUUGAAGUCUGCAACAGAUAACUUCCAUAAAGAACUUGGAAGAGGAGGAUUUGGUUCAGUUUUUGAAGGUAGUUUGAGAGAUGGCACCAAAGUUGCAGUGAAGCGCUUAGAUCGGUCUGGCCAAGGGAAAAAAGAAUUUUUAGCAGAAGUAAAGACAAUAGGCAGCAUACACCAUAUUAGCCUUGUGAGACUUGUAGGAUUUUGUGCUGAAAAAUCUCACAAGCUUUUAGUCUACGAGUAUAUGAGCAAUGGAUCCUUAGAUAAAUGGAUCUUCAACAAAAAUUCAGAAAGCACUCUUGAAUGGAAAAUCAGGAAGAAGAUCAUUCUAAAUAUUGCCAAAGGGUUAGCCUAUCUUCAUGAAGAUUGCAAGAUGAGAAUAGCUCAUUUAGAUAUCAAACCUCAAAAUAUUCUUCUUGAUUGCAAGUUUGACGCUAAAUUAUCUGAUUUUGGUUUGGCAAGGCUGAUUGACAGGGACCAAAGCCAAGUAAUAACUCAAACGCGAGGAACCCGAGGAUAUAUGGCUCCUGAAUGGUUGAGCAGAAAAAUCACAGAAAAGGUUGAUGUAUAUAGUUUUGGUAUUGUUAUCUUGGAAAUUAUUUGCGGAAGGAAAAAUUUGGACCUCUCACAGCCAGAAGAAGAUGAUUAUUUACUUCUACCAAUAGUGAAACAGAAGGCAGAAGAGAAUCAAUUAACUGAAUUGGUUGAUAAGUGCACUAACAUGCAGCAGUUCAUAGAAGAAGCUGUGGAGAUGAUUAGAAUUGCCAUUUUGUGUUUACAUAAUGAUCCCACCAAAAGGCCUUCAAUGUCUAAUGUGGUGAAGAUUUUAGAGGGUGUGAAGACUGUGGAAGCUGUAUCUGAUUAUGGCUUUUUGACAUAUACUGUGGUGGAAGCUCCUCCUAAAGUAGUUAUGGUACCUUCAGAACCACAAUCAGCAUCAAUACUCUCAGGGCCAAGAUGAAGUACUUAUUUAGGCACAAAGUAAUACCUCACACCUUAACACCUUUGGUAAGAGUUUUUUUUUUUAUGCUGACUCCGUGUAAAAAUAUUGACAUUAUUUUUUUAUGAUAAAAGUGGACCCACUUAUCAGUAAAAAAAGGAAAAAAAAUAAAAAACCUUCUUACGUUCCCAACCUUUUGAACAUCAGCCGCGCAUCGAAGGUGGCCACGAUUUACUUCUUGCUGGAGUUGAAACAGUCUCUGCUCGACUGCUCCAAGCAGACAAUAGUUGGAUGCUUUAUAUUUGACAUGGUCACUAUACUGAUGCCUGCAUGUUGCUCUCUCCUCCAAGUGCGCGUUCCUUGGUCUCCUCAACCUUUACCAAUGGGAGUAGUAGCUUCGUCUUCAUCGCCUCAAAUACCAGAUCCUUAAUACGUAAAUAAAUGGGUUAUAUAU